AUGACCACCCCCCUCUCCGAAUGGAACACAUACCAGGCCGAAACCCCCAAGCUCCUACACGACGACCCGCACCGAGACCCGCAUUUUCUUUCUACUCGCGCUGGCCGGUCGCUACAGACAGGUGUGGUGGCGAGAGUCACCACUGUUCCUGCGCGUGAUGGGUUCCGGAUUCCGGUUCGGGUUUAUACUCCUGUGAUGGUCCGAGAACAAGGACAUGAGAAGGAGGCUGGGAUUGAGAUUGGAGGUGGUGGUAGAGAUACAGGUGAAGAUGAGAGUGUGAAUGGCGUCGUGAUCUUCUUCCACUCCGGGGGAUUUACGGCCGGGGGGUUGGAGACCGAGGAUGUCUCAUGCCGCUACAUGUCCCUCUAUACACAAACCAUCUUGAUAAGCGUCGACUACCGCCUCAGUCCAGCAUACAAGUACCCCGUCCCGAUCAACGAUGGGAUCGAUGCGUUUGAGUAUAUUGCAGCACACCUUUUCGACAUCCUCGCAGGCUCUGAACCUAGCUUCCAUAUUCCCAACCGCGUCAAUACUCCCGUCAAGCUAAUUCUAAGCGGAACAUCCUCAGGCGGUCACCUCGCAGCCAUUAUCUCGCAGCAUGCGCGCGAGUGGCUAGCUAAGGAAGGAAACAAGAGUGUCGCGGAAAGGGUAAGGCUAGUUGGGGUUCUCCUCAGGGCGCCUGUGACGGUUGAUGCGGGGGAUGAGGAGUUGAUUCCCGCGCGGUGGAGGCGGGUUCAUGCCUCUUGGGGGGAGGGGUAUGAGGGGGCUGAUGCAAAUCGGGGGAGUAUGCGGGUUAAUCAUAACUCCCUCGACGUCCCAGCACACCUAAAGACAUCACCGAGCGCCUACCCGCUCUGGGGAACACUCAGCGGGUUACCCAGGACAUACAUACAGAUCUGCGAGCUCGACAUCCUCCGCGAUGACGCAGUAUGCUAUGCGCAGGGCUUACGGGAGGCCGGGGUCGAAGUUCGGGAGUCGUUCUACGAGAGUCUCCCACACAUCUUCUGGAUCUACAACCACGAACUCGCUGUGGCAAAGGCCGCGCAGAUGGAUUGUGUGGAUGGGUUGCGGUGGUUGCUGGGGGCCGAGGAUGGAAGUGGCAAUAGGGAAUAG